AUGACGACAGACGAAGACUGCGAUGAGUUGGAAUAUCUAGGUCGUAGCUUCCUCGAGGAUCUACUCCCAUCGAUCAAAACAUACACACUUUGCAGUGAAUCCCAGUUUUUGAACAUUAUCAACUCGCAAGCCACUCGUUUCAAUACUAUACUUGAUAUCCCCCACGAGUUCCUCCUCUUCCGGAUCAGUGAAGAUACCGAUAUUCAUACCUUUAAUACUAUUAUUAACCCCGAAAAUCCUAAUAUAUCAACAUACAUUUCAUCCAUCAACCUCAGUGGGAGACUAUUACUCAGCAAAAUACCCAGCGUACCCCAUGGCUCCGUUGGCGGAGUACUUCACGACAUAAUCCUGAGUUCAAUACUACCAAUGGGCCUCAAUAACACCCUCAAGACAUACGUGGGGAGUAGGAUAUGGGGCGGCGGGGGAAAAAGAGCAAAGGAGCCAGACUACGGAUGGGGCCCGAAGCGCAGAGCGCCUGGUCAGCCUGAUCGACCAACAAUAGCCUUAGAGGUUGCGUACUCGGAGGCCGACAAGAAGCUACAGUCGGACGUUAGAUUUUGGUUAAGCCCGAGAGACGGCAAUGCGAAUGCUUGCCUCACUGUCCGUAUUCAGAAGUCGAAUAUUCGCGUCGAACAAUGGCAUCGAGAUGACCGAGGCAGAAUUUGCCGUAAGGGGGUAGUUUGGAUAACGAAGACUACGGACCGUUUAGUCGUCGAUAAUAACUACCCUAUCCAAAUCUCGUUUGAAGACUUAUUCAACCGCAGGGCAGAUUGCCCCCGAGAAAGUGACAUUGAGGUCUCCCCGGAAGACUUGAGAGAACUUGCUCGAACUGUCUGGGAUGACUAUCGGGUGUAG